AUGAAUCAUCGAAAUGUUGUUCUUCGAGAGCUCAAUAAGGAAGUCAUGAACAUGGAGGAGAUUCUUCAGAUGGAGAAAGCCCACGGAGAGUCCAUACUAGAAAUUAGGAGGAGAGCUAAUGGUGGUUGGUGGGAAGCUCCCAUCAACGCACUUAACCUCUCCCAACUUAAACAAUUGAUGGAGGCAAUGGAAUUUCUAAAGCAAGACGUUGAAAAAGAGGCACAACAACAGCAAAUGGUGACUAAGGUUGGACUCCCAUUUCUCACAUUUGGAAGUGCCUUGUCUCCUACUAAUGGUGCUAGGGCAAUUAGUUCUUGA